CUGCCAAUCAACUUCCUUAUAACUGUUUCAUACCAGAUUUUCAGGUAACAUGUGAUAAACGAUGGCUAUUCAUGUAGCUGCCAUAGAUUUUGGGACAACGUAUUCAGGAUAUUCAUUUUCAGUUAGUGCACCAGAAACUGAGCUGAAGGAUGUAGAAAUCUUAUCUAAUCAGAUUUGGAAUUCUGGGACGGCGGAAGUUGCAUCCCUAAAGACCCCCACGUGUCUGCUGCUCUCUAAAGACCGAAAAGUAUCAGUUUUUGGGUAUGAAGCAGAAGAACAGUAUGCAGACAUUGUAUUGGAUGGAGAUACAGAAGAUUACUACUUCUUUCAUAGAUUUAAGAUGAAGCUUCAUAAUAACAAGAAUAUUACUAUGACUAUGGUUCUGAAAGAUGUGAGAGGGCAACCACUACCUGCUAUAGAUGUAUUUUCGUUGUCAAUUAAAACCUUAAAAGACCACCUUAACAGUACUGGUGAAAUAAAGAACAUAGUACUUGACGAUGAAAAAACUAAGUGGGUACUUACUGUUCCUGCCAUUUGGACGGACACAGCCAAGCAGUUUAUGAGAAAAAGUGCUGAAAAGGCUGGAAUACCAAGAGAUAAGCUAACAAUUGCACAUGAACCAGAAGCAGCAUCGAUAUAUUGUCAAACCUUCCCGUCUGCUGGUUGCAGAGAAAUUGCGGAAAUUGGAUCAAGAUAUAUGGUCGCAGAUCUUGGGGGUGGUACAAUAGAUGUAACGGUACAUGAAAAAAUUCCGAACGGCACUUUGAAAGAAGUGACAAAAGCCUGCGGGAAUGGUUGUGGCAUAACCUCAGUUGAUGAUGCAUUUAUCCAGCUGUUCGUUCGCAUAUUUGGCGGACCACUUCUAAACAGUAUGAAAUCAGACAGUCCAGAAUCUUACUUAUAUCUGAUGAUAAGUAUAGAACAAGUUAAAAGAACAUUUCAACCCACCCAAACUAGAAAAGUGAAUUUAACCAUUCCAUAUGCAACUCUCGACGAUCUCUGUCAGUCAAAUUUAGGGGAAAAUAUUAAAAAUGUCGUCAGUUCAUCCUCCCUGGCAUGUAACAUUGAAAUAUGUAAAGACAAAAUAGGAAUUGAACCAUUAUUCGCUAAAUCGCUUUUCAAGACAACAUGUGAUAAUAUUAAGGCUUUAAUACAGUCUGUUCUACAACAGGCGACAGCAUCAAGCGUUUCAAGCAUUCUGCUUGUUGGUGGUUUCGCUGAAUGCAAGAUGGUACAAAAUGCCCUGAAAACUGUUUUUCCAAGCAUGAACAUUAUAUUGCAAGAGGAUCGUUAUCGUUCUGAAAGGUGCAGUUUUAUUUGGUUAUAAAUCCGAUAUCAUAUCAUCGCGAAUAGCACGAUAUACAUAUGGUCUAGGUUUCCGGUUGCCGUUUGAUGAAAGUAUUCAUGAUCAGAAAAGAAAAUCGAUUUCGGGAGGAAUAGCAUAUUGCAGAUCCUUAUUUGAUCCAUUCAUGGGGAUCAACACACCAAUUCCAUUAGGACAUAAAAUUGAAAAAUUAUAUUCAACGAACGAAAAGACCGGCUGCAUGUGUCGAGUGUAUAUAACGGAUAGGGACAAUGCUAUGUAUACCGAUACGGGAGAAUGUACUUUACUUGGGGAGUUCAAAUUUUCCAUUGCAAACCCUAGGCGCGAUGAAAGAGAAUUGAAAGUUGUAUUUAACUUUGGAGACACAGAAUUUUCAAUGACUGUAGUAGAUCUUGAAUCAAAAUCUGAAAAGAAGGAAUUUUACGAAAUUCAACGUUAGACUGAUCUUAGUUACUACUUUGCUCCUUUAACACUAUCAAUUCAUGAACUUCAAUAAUCUAUUUCUGUAACCAUGUUUCAUAAGGCAUCAGCUUUAUGAUUAGUAUCUAUAAUCAAAUAAUUGUACAGUCUUAUGAUGAUGAAUGUGAUGAUCGAAUCUCAAAGUUCAGUGACAAAUAUUAAGGAAAAUACUAGGAUGUAUACUAUUGUUCAUAUGUACCACCAUGAGUAUUUAGUAUGACGGUUAAUUUUCACUUCUGUACUCGUACUGUGAACAACAAAGUCAUUAAUUUUGUAAAAAAUGAUUUCCAUACGCCUAAUAACAAAACUAUUACUAGUAUAUUUAAGUUGAUAUGUG